AUGGCUGGCUUGUUAGAAACAUAUCCUUCCGCCCAUCUUGGGCUAGUGGCCCUAUUUCUUGUCGGAGUCCUUUGGAUCUGCUUGAAAGCUGCCCCAAAGACCAGGAAAGUGCCAUCUUCUGGCUUACCCGUUGUCACGAUAAAAUCUAAUGACAUGGAGCCGGGUCUCGCCCAAGGAUCUAAGCUGUAUCCGGACCAGCCUUAUGAAAUCCGAAUGCCGGCAAAACAGAUGAUAAUUCUGCCCCGCAGACAGUUGGAUGAGAUCAAACGGUUUCCUGAGACCCAGAUGAGCUUUAAAGCUCUUGUCAAAGACACAAUGGCUGGAGAAUAUACCCUGAUUGCGACUCACGAUCAUAGCUUGGUGACUGCUCUUCGGCGUGACUUGACUCAAAACUUAGUUCAUGUCAAUGAGCUGCUGCAAGAAGAAGUGGUCUCAGUCGUUGAGAACAAGCUCAGCUUUUGUGGGAAUGACUAUGCGCCGGUGAAACUGUUGCCUACACUGUUUGACAUGGUUUCUUCAAUGACGAGCCGUGUCUUGGUUGGCUUACCACUUUGCCAUAACAAAGAAUGGCUACAAUGCAUAUUAAAGUACUCGGAAGAUGGUUUCAAGGCUGGUAUGAUUAUGCAUAUGACACCAACCAUAAUUCAUCCGCUUUUAAACAUGUUUCUUCCGCAGAUGCGGGCUGUGCGGCGACACUAUGCUACUGUUAAAAGGUUACUUGGACCAAUACUCGAAGAGCGCAUAGAAAAGCUCAAAGAUCCUGCAUACAAGCCUCCAAGGGACCUUAUUCAAUCUUUCAUUGAUAUCAACGCAGAAAAUGGAAAGAAUCUAGAAUUUCAGGCCAAAAACCAACUAAUGGCAGCCUUUACAUCAAUGCACACAACCUCGAUGAACGCCUGUCAUGCGUUGUUCGAGCUAGCUGCAGCGCCGGAACACGUCGCUCCCUUGAGAGAAGAGAUUGAGAAAGUUCUAGCAGAGGAAGGGUGCAUCACCUCUAAAGCUGCUAUGAUGAAACUCCGCAAACUGGAUUCGUUCUUUAGAGAGACUCAACGUUUAAAUCCAUCAUCAUUCGUUGGCAUGGAGCGCAAAGUGUUAGCGACUACAAAACUCUCUGAUGGAACAGUUCUACCGGCAGGGUCUAUAAUUGGGUUCAAUUCUUUCCACAUAAAUUAUGACACUCAGUUAUGGGAGAAUCCCGAGAAAUUUGAUGGAUUUAGAUUUGAACGAUUGCGUGCUGCUGAAGGAAAUGAUCAUAAGUUCCAGGCUAGUUCCAUUGGGCUUGAGAGUAUAUCAUUCGGCUUGGGAACACAUGCCUGCCCUGGGAGAUUCUUUGCUAUCAAUGAAACCAAAAUUCUCCUUGCCUAUCUAAUAAUGAACUACGAUUGGGCAUUCCCAGAGGGACAAGGUCGACCAAAAAACAUCACGCUUUUUUCUGCACUUAUUAUCAAUCCGGAUUCUGAGGUGUUAUGCAAGCGAAGACAGUAA